AUGGCAGUCCCGGCCUACCCCAUGUCUGUUUUCCUAAUGCCAGCCACUCUCUGUAAAGCUAUCAACUCUGAUAUCUCAAAUUUCUGGUGGGGCUUUUCUGACUCAAAGGAAAAAACUCAUUGGAAAGCUUGGGAUGUUCUCUGUAAAUCCAAAUUGGAAGGGGGCAUGGGUUUCAAAGACCUUCUGAUCUACAAUAAGGCCCUCCUAGCGAAACAAUGCUGGAGACUGUUGAAGAACCCCGAUGCGUUGUGGAGCAGAGUCUUGAAAGCCAGGUAUUUUUCCAACUCGUCCUUCCUGUUGGCUAAGAAAGGAGCACGCCCCUCCUGGAUCUGGAACAGCCUUCUUGCAGGAAGAGAAACCAUUUCUAAGAAUGCUCUUUGGCAAAUUGGAAACGGUAGAAGUGUGGAUGUCUGGACGGAUAGAUGGGUUCCCAGUAAGAACGGUGUUCCAAUCAAGCCAACUGAUACCUCUAACCGGUUCACACCUCUAAGAGUGGAAGAGAUAAUUGAUGAGAACAGGAGAUGA